GAAAAUAAUAGAAGGUAAUUUUGUUUUUUCUGCGAACCCGAUUUUUGUUUUGGUUACUUCAACCCCACCCUACCCACAAGCAUUACGAUAUUUUAGUGGUCUGGCCUGCUGGGACAGUAGUCAAAGUAAAAUAGUAGGGCGGGAGAGUUGUCAAAUUGCAAGUUUUGAAUUGCGGCCUGUUUGGAUGACAGUCGCAAUGAAAGAGUGGCCAAUCGGGACGACUGCUAAUAAUUGUAUUUAA